AUGGGCCUGCUGAAGGGCCUCCUGGGAGCCCGCAACCUGCUACUGGUCAUCCUGGUCCCAUUGCUGCUGCUGCCGCUGCUCAUCCUCCACCCCAGCAGUGAGGCCUCGUGUGCCUAUGUGCUGAUCGUCACAGCUGUGUAUUGGGUGUCUGAGGCUGUACCACUCGGAGCUGCAGCCCUGGUGCCUGCCUUCCUCUACCCGUUCUUCGGAGUUCUCCGGUCCAGCGAGGUGGCGGCCGAGUACUUCAAGAACACGACGCUGCUGCUGGUGGGCGUCAUCUGCGUCGCGGCUGCUGUGGAGAAGUGGAACCUACACAAACGCAUUGCUCUGCGCAUGGUCAUCAUGGCCGGGGCCAAACCGGGCAUGCUGCUGCUGUGUUUCAUGUGCUGCACUACGUUGCUGUCCAUGUGGCUGUCCAACACCUCCACCACCGCCAUGGUGAUGCCCAUCGUGGAGGCCGUGCUGCAGGAGCUGGUGGGCACCGAGGACGAGCAGCUCGUGGCGGCCAACGCCAACACCGAGGAGACUGAGCCCAUCAGUCUGGGUGCAAACAACAGCCAACCUUCUCUGGAACUCAUCUUUGUCAAUGAAGACACUUCCACGGCCGACUUCACGUCUCUGAUGCAGAACAAGAACCUAAACGGUGUACCCGCCAUCACCAACUCCAUCCAAACAGCAAACCCCCGGGGCAAGAAGCGGCGCUCGUCCAGGGAAAAGCCCCUGGUCCUGACCCCCAGCCCCAGGAAGCAGGAGCUAAGCAGAAAGUACCCAUCUCAGCAUGACCAGAUGAUCUGCAAAUGCUUGUCCCUGAGCAUCUCCUAUGCCGCGACCAUCGGGGGCCUGACCACCAUCAUCGGCACCUCCACCAGCCUCAUCUUCCUAGAGCACUUCAACAACCAAUAUCCGGCCGCAGAGGUGGUCAACUUCGGCACCUGGUUCCUCUUCAGCUUCCCCAUCUCCCUCAUCAUGCUGGUGGUCAGCUGGCUCUGGAUGCACUGGCUGUUCCUGGGCUGCAAUUUUAAAGAGACCUGCUCUCUCAGCAAGAAGAAGAAGACCAAACGGGAAGAGCUGUCGGAGAAGAGAAUCCAGGAGGAGUAUGACAAGCUAGGUGACAUCAGCUACCCGGAGAUGGUGACUGGGUUUUUCUUCGUGCUGAUGACUGUCCUGUGGUUCACCAGGGAGCCUGGCUUUGUCCCAGGCUGGGACUCCUUCUUUGAGAAGAAAGGCUACCGCACAGACGCCACUGUGUCCCUCUUCCUCGGCUUCCUGCUCUUCCUGAUUCCAGCCAAGAAGCCGCGCUUCGGAAAGAAGGAUGAGGGGGAGCCUGAGGAGCCCUCGCUGGGGUCGGAACCCAUCAUCACAUGGAAGGACUUUCAGAAGACCAUGCCCUGGGAGAUCGUCAUCCUGGUGGGAGGGGGCUACGCGCUGGCCUCAGGCAGCAAGAGCUCGGGUCUCUCCACGUGGAUCGGACACCAGAUGUUGUCCCUGAGCAGCCUCCCUCCGUGGGCUGUCAGCCUGCUGGCCUGCAUCCUGGUGUCUAUUGUCACUGAGUUUGUGAGCAACCCGGCCACCAUCACCAUCUUCCUGCCCAUCCUGUGCAGCCUGUCUGAAACGCUGCGCAUUAACCCGCUCUACACCCUGAUCCCGGUCACCAUGUGCAUCUCCUUUGCAGUGAUGCUGCCUGUGGGUAACCCACCCAAUGCCAUCGUCUUCAGCUAUGGGCACUGCCAGAUCAAAGACAUGGUGAAAGCUGGCCUGGGGGUCAAUGUCAUUGGUUUGGUAAUAGUGACGGUGGCCAUCAACACGUGGGGAGUUAGCCUCUUCCACCUGGACACGUUUCCUGUCUGGGCUGAGGUCAGUAACAUCACUGACCAGGCCUAG